CUAGCCGCAUUUUCAUUUCAACUCUGUGUGCGACGAGUUGUCCCAGCAGUCGCAGUCGCGUGUCCUGUUUAGCACCUCCUCCGCGUUCGCAGCGCGUCCCUUUCGUUUCGUGAGAUCGCAGUGUUUUGGGAAUCGAAAAUCUACAUAGGAAUAUAUUUGAGAAAAUUUCGAGAAAAAAAUACAAACAAGCUGCAAUUGUGGUUCAAUUUGUGCAUCGAACACAACCAAACAAAAUCGUCGAUUCCAGUGGAACACCAAAAAAAUAAACGUGAUCCGCUGCUGUGCCAUUGACUUCAGCUGAAAGGGAUUAACCGAACCCAAAUGCAAAGGAUUUAAGCCGCCUGAAGACGCCACACACCAAAAAAAACAGAGAAGAGUAGAGAAGAAAGCAGCAGAGUAGCCGAGGCCGAGUAGCGAAAUCCAAAAAUCCACAUUUUUGGUUUCCGAGGCGAACAAUUUGGAAUUUCAAUUUCAAGCCAAAUACCAAACACACAGAACCAGAUCAAAAUGGGACACCUGACGCGACGCAGCAGCAGCCUAAUGGCCAUAGUCCUAUGCCUGGUACUCAACACAAAGCACCUUUCAGUGCAUGGCGAUGCCUCGCACAUUGAGUCCGCCGCCCUGCCAUUGGAACACAGGGCCGGCUAUGGUCCGCCGGCGCCCAUUUACGGGGCGCCCCAGGGUCCCCUGAGCACCGGAGCCACCAACGACGUUUCGGAGGAGGCUUGGCCGCUGGCCAGCACCAACGACAGUCCGCAAAUCAAGCACCUGCAGGUGCAGUGCGAGAAGACCCACAUGCGGGUGAACAUCGAGUUCGACCGGCCCUUCUACGGCAUGAUCUUCUCCAAGGGAUUCUACAGUGAUCCCCAUUGUGUGCACUUGAAGCCCGGAACUGGCCAUCUGAGUGCCACCUUCGAGAUCUUCCUGAACAGUUGUGGAAUGACCAGCUCCGCUAAUCACAAUGCCGCUGGCUAUGGAGCACCAACGCCGUCGGGCAGCUAUGUGGAGAACACCAUCAUCAUUCAGUACGAUCCGUAUGUGCAGGAGGUUUGGGAUCAGGCCCGCAAGCUGCGCUGCACCUGGUACGAUUUCUACGAGAAGGCCGUUACCUUCAGGCCCUUCCAGGUGGACAUGCUGCAUGCGGUGACCGCCAACUUCCUGGGCGACAACCUCCAGUGCUGGAUGCAAAUCCAGGUGGGCAAGGGCCCCUGGGCCUCCGAGGUCUCGGGCAUCGUGAAGAUUGGACAGACAAUGACCAUGGUGCUGGCCAUCAAGGAUGAUGAGAACAAGUUCGAUAUGCUGGUGAGGAAUUGCGUGGCCCAUGAUGGCAAGAGGGCUCCCAUUCAGUUGGUGGAUCAGAAUGGCUGCGUUGUGAGGCCCAAGAUCAUGAGCAAAUUCCAGAAGAUCAAGAACUUUGGACCUUCGGCUUCCGUUGUGAGCUUUGCCUACUUCCAGGCCUUCAAGUUCCCCGACUCGAUGAACGUGCACUUCCAGUGCGUCAUCCAGGUUUGCCGGUACAACUGCCCGGAGCCCAAGUGCGGUCCUGGUUUGCCGGGUGGCGAGUAUGGUCUGCCUCAGAUCGGAGGUCCCAAUGGUUUGUCCGAGGAGUAUGGUCCUCCAGAGACCUAUGAUAGGAAUGACUUUGCUUUGGGCGGAGGACAGGGAGUCCUGCCGCCGGCCGCCUAUCCCGAUCCACGUCACCCUGCCUCGGAUGCCACGGGAGCUUACUCGGAGAACCAACCGGAUGUGGUGCCCUCGCCCCAGGCUCAGACCUCCGCCGCAGUGCCCACUGCUGAUUCGGGAUCCCCUGUUUCGGGACCAGCCAGCUCCCAGAGUCCACAGCCCACGGGCAGCAAUGAGCUGGGUCUGCCACCACCACCGCUGCCGGGACAGGGUGCUCAGUACAGCACAGUGAAGCGCAAGGAUGACCUGAGUGCCGGCGGCAAUCUGGUUUCCCUGGGAGGACGUCCUCGAUCUGUAGAAGGACUAGAUGAUCUGCGUGGCGUUCGCAGGCGCAGGGAUACCAUGGACAUUGUGAUGAAGCCGCAGAGGAUCUACAAGCGAAAUGCCCAGGAGAUGACGGAUGUGAACACCAGCCGGAUUAUUCAGGUGGUUGCUCCAGGCGAUGUAAACUUUGCUCUCAAUAGCAACGCCAGCAAUGAGACUGUGGUCAUCCAGUCGGCCCGGUCGGCGGAUGCGGAGACCAUCUGCAUGUCGGUGCCCAGCUUUGUGGGCGGACUCGUGAUGCUGCUGCUCGUCCUGGCCGUCGCCUCUCUAGUCGCCGCCUUCCUCUUCGUCCGUGUGCGUCACUUCGAUCGCAAGGGAGCGGGCAUGGCCUAUGUGAACUAAGCCGGGGAAUCUCGAGGAGAUCCCUCAUCAUCAUCAAUCAGCGACAAGGAUCGGCGUGAACAGAAAACCAAAUCAGUUUUAUGUGCACUUCAAAAA